GUGUAGAGGCACAUCUAAAACAUGCAGAGCAGGGGGCCCCGAGGACUGGAAUUGGGAACCACUGCCUUAACGUGUUUCAAAGUCCGACAAGAUAUUUUGGAAAAUAAAAUAAAAGGUUUGACGAAGGUCACUUAGGUUUGAUAAAUGACAACUAACCCAUUGCGAAUUUCCGAGCAGCACCCUGAAGGCGUCAUCGUGCGCCGGAGCUCCAGAGCUGCAGUCAAUCUGGUCGCAGCCUCCGUUCAACAUGGGCGAGGAAAAGACUCCCGUGACUCUGAAGACGAUACUCAUAGGAAACUCCGGGGUGGGAAAAUCGUCCGUCAUGAACAGAUAUGUGGAUAACCGCUUCACCAACAUGUACAGAGCCACCAUAGGGACGGACUUUUUCUCCAAAGCAGUCAGGGUAAAUGGGAGCACGGUGACCCUGCAGAUCUGGGACACAGCAGGCACAGAGAGGUUCCAGUCUCUGGGCACGCCUCUGUACAGAGGGAGCCAGUGCUGCAUGCUGGUGUUUGACGUCACAUCCUUGACCAGCUUCAGCGCCUUGGAGAUGUGGAGGAAGGAGUUCCUGGUCCAGGGAGAGCCUCAGGAUCCGGAAGACUUUCCCUUCGUCGUCCUGGGCAACAAGACGGACCUGAGCAACCGGGAGGUCGGUCUCGACUCGUUUGCAGACUUCCUCCGUUGUGCAUCGGCUGGCAAGGUGUCUCGCAAAAAGGCAAUGCAGUGGUGUGAAGAAAUCGGGGCGGAGUACUUUGAAGGAAGCGCCAAAGAGGACCUGGACAUGGAGAAGCCAUUUUUAAGAGCCGCAGAGCUCGGCCUCCAGCAGUACAAAAAACACACAUUGGAAAAUACAGGACAUUUCCAGAUAACCUGCGAACAGCCGAGAGAAACUCGCAACACCUGCGAGUGCUGAUAAAGAGAGCACUCGUCCCGGCGUGGGAGGGAAAGUUCGGAGACCUCGGCACUGCUGAUGAUGACCUAUCUAACAAGGGUGCAAAAAUAAGUGACCCGGCAAAGGUACUGUGGAAGGAAAGGACACAAUUGUAUACCACAUGGAGAGAGGAACAAACUCAUUAAAUGUUUUUUUUUUUUUCCUUUUUUUUUUCCUUUUUCAUUUUUUUUUUGAGAACCUUCAGCUUUAUGGUCUAACUUAAGGCAUCACUACUAAAAUACACUGCUUUUUUUGCAUGCAUGUCUAGUUUCGUUUAACAGACACACCGACACGCACAAAAAUUAUGAAUGCAUAUGAAGAGAAAGUUUCUAGAAAGAAUCCCAACCUGAAGCCACGGCGGCGAGCGGAGCGGCCUCGGCUUUUGACGUUCCGGGCCCUUUUUGUUUUAUUUUAUUUUAAAUUACCGUCACAAACUGGAUCUGCCCUUUUACACAGAAGAUCUCCACUCAUGCCCCCAGCCAGACAACUCCUCCCUGUACACGUUUGGAUUGAUGGACCUAGUAGGACUUCACUCCCUACAGUGAAUCAGCGGGAAAAAAACCAAAAUAAAAAAAACAAAAAAACAGAACAAUCAGGGAGACUAUAUAUAUUUAUAUAUAUAUUUAUAUAUUUGUUUCUUUUAUAAGUAAAGACACAAAAGGCGAUCAAGAGAUGACCCAACAUGUAAAAACAGUUUGUUACAGGUAAUUAUAUAAAAGGCCAAGAUGUUUGUUUUGUUGUUUUUUUGUGUGUGUGUUUUGUUUGUUUUAUUCUUGCUCUAUGAACGAACUAAUUUACAAGUGAGUAACACUCCGGCUGUACGCGGCCUUCCCAUUCAAAGACAAAAACAAAACAAAACAGGUAGCUUAGCACACUAUCUGUGGUCUGAAAUACAGAGCCUUAGAGAAGGGAAAAAACAAAUUAAAAUUUAUUCAGUUGAUUCACAGACAUUAAUAAAGGUGUUGUGGUUUGGGGUCUACGGAAUAUAUGUAGCCAUUCUACAAAAUUAAAGAUUCAUGAGCAGAAGAAGCAACAACCGACCGGGCAUGGGGAGGAAAAGUCGGGAAAAAUGUGACGCAGAAUUAUUUUUUUUGUUUGUUUUUUUUCCCCUCCCUUCCAACCCGGGAAAAUUUGUUUGGCAAACAAAGCAACACAAGCAUCAAGAGUAAACAAAGUAAAAAAAAAAACAAAAGAAAAAAAAAAAACAAAA